UGAUCAUGUUUUUUUUUGAUGAGACACAUAAACGAUAAAAAUAUUCCAUGAACCGGUGUUUUUUUUUAACAUCUAACAAUGGAUAAUAUCGAUUUUUCUGCCUUCUCAAAAGAUGCAUUCGAUCCGGUUGUAUGGCUUAAUUCGAUAUUUUCAUCAACCGAUCAUAAUGAUAAUGAUAAUGAUUCAUCAACCGUUAUGGACAAAAAAUCGAUAGCCAACAAUCUUGUCUUUAAAUUACAGCUCAUGGUGGAAGAGACAAAUCAUUCAUUGCAGGAAAUCUCACAACGUAUGUCAUUAUCGAUGCCAAAAGUGAUGGAUGAAGCUGAUGCUUUGAAUCAAGAAGUGAAAGAACUUCGUGAUCAAAUUGUUGAUGUUCGUACGAAAUUAAUCUGUUCAGAACAACAACAUGCUGAUGUACUUGAAUCGUUAAUGAAAAUGGAUAACGCUAAACGACAGCUUCAAGAUUUAUAUCAAGCAUUACAAGAAGCUAAUAAUUGGUCCGUUUUAUCCAUGGAUGUUGAUGAGGUUUUCGAAACCGGUGAUAUUGAACAAAUAUCAAUGAAAAUUUCAAGUAUGCAAAAAAGUUUAGAAUUACUAUCUUUAAGUAGUUCGGAUGGUAGCCAGUUAACGGAUAAAAUAGAAAUAAUGGAAAAUCUGAAAGAUAGAUUUGAAAAACUUGUUGAACCAAUGUUAAUGGAUGCAUUUUCAAAAUCAUCCGAAUCAUCGAUUGAAUUUUUUUCCAAUCUAUUCAAAGAAUUUCGACGAUCAGAUCGAUUAAUUAAAUAUUAUCAUUCAUGUUUACGUGAUGAAUUAUUGAAAGAAUGGUCUACACAAGUUAAAUUGGAUAGCGAAGGUACCGUAUUGGAUAAAUUAAAUUUUCUUUAUGAUCGAAUCAAUAUGAUAUGGAAAAUUCAGAUGAAUUUCUGUAUGAAAGUUAUUUAUCCAGAAGAUUUUGGAAUGUCUUUACAAAUUCUUUGUGAUAUUUUCACCGAUAUAAUCAUGUCUCUUCAACCACCGAUCGAUACAUUUAUUCAUCAAUUUUUACAUCAAACAAAUGGUCAACGAUUAUAUCGGCAAAAAUCAUUGAUUGAAUUGAAACAAUUUACGAAUAGUUUUGUUAAAAAUCUUGAACAAAAUAUCUGCUCUCAAUAUUCAGCCGAUGAAGAACAUAUGAAUGAAUCACACACGAACAAAAUGAAAUCAUUGGACAUUUUUCUUCGAACCAUUUAUCAACCAUUUGCCAAGCUAAACGAAUCAUUUGUAUUGUAUGAAAAAGAACGAAUGGAUGAUGAAUUCGAUAAUAUGCAUACAGAAUACGAAGAUUUAAUUAAUAGUCAUUGUGUAUUGAAAUUAUUUUCAUUAGUUCGUGAUUCAUAUAAACUUUAUUCCGAAUAUGUUGAAACAUAUCCAUUGUUGAUUGUUGAAGAUGUUAUCGAAGAUCUGUUGUUAAAAUAUCUCAAUUCUACGAACAAUAAAAAACAAUGGCUACUACAUGACAUUAAUGACACGAAAAAAACAAACACUACAUCGAUUCAGCCAAAUUGGUCUUGUUUACAAAAAACAUUAUUCAAAUUUCAAACAUACGGUGAUUUUGUCAAUCAAUUUCAUGGAUUUUUACAACAAAUUCAUUCCAAUUUUCUUGAAUAUCAAAAAAAUUACCAUCAACAACAGCAACGACACUCACAUGUGAUAAGUCCAUUUCGUCGAUAUGAUUUAUUCAUAUUGAAUCUAGAUUACAACACUGAAUUUCGUGAUCGUAUAGAGAAUUUUAUUCAAACACCAUCAACACUUAUGAAUCAGGUGCUCAAUGAAUGUAUCGAUCUGAUCAAAAUUAAUGCAAAAGAUAUUGAUCAAGCAAUGUUCAAUUAUGUACAGAUUCAAUUGAACAAUUUUGAUAUUUUUAUUGAAAAAUCUCUAGCCGAACAUGAUACCGUCGACAAUAUUGAAUUGGAUGAAUCGACAACAUAUACACCAAACGAAUAUGUAACUCAAAUUGGACAAUAUCUGCUGUUGUUGCCUCAACAUCUAGAACCGUUCAAUUUAAAUGAAAAUUCAUCAUUCAAAGUAGCUCUACAAUAUUGUACAGAUAUUUUUCGAUCUUCACCAAAUGAAUCGAUAGCUCCUACUGAAUUGUUAUUAGAAUUUGUUCAACGAAAAACAAUACAAUCAUUUUUGGAUCAUAUUCAAAAUAUAUCGAUGACAAUCAAAUCAAAACGUAUUGGUAAAUUACCCGUUAGGAUUCGUAAACAAAUAGCCAUCGAUGUUUCUUAUUUAUUAGCCGUGUGUGAAGAUCUUGGCCUCAUUAAUCCACCUGAAGCUGUCAUUUGUAUACGAAUAUUAAAUCAACAACCAGAAUUUGAAUGGUCCGUAUUGAAAAAAGAAAAUCCAAUUUAUCAAAAAUUAAUCAUAACAUUGGAAGAUAUUUUGGCAUGAUUGAAUUGAGACAAGUUUUGUUUUUAUUGAGAAGGAAAAGUGGGGAAACAAUAAUUGGUAAAAACAAAUAACAAAUUUUUUUUUAAAUGAGUGUAUGUUUACGUGAAUAUUAUGAGUGUGUGUGCAGCUUGUCAAAAGAUUUGUCAAUAUAUUUUGUACUUAUUAAUGAUGAUUUUUAAAAAUAAAAGUUUUAAUCAACUAAA